UACUGCAACCAUUUUACUUGCAACUGUCGGUGACGCCGGUUUGAAGCGGGAACUAGCUCUCUUUGUGCAACGUCUGUGCGUGUGUGUGUGUGUGAGCGUUUCUAUUGUGUUCUGAGCAAUUUAGCCCGCUUGUUAACAUCGUAUAGGGGUUUCGCUACAAGCUCACCUAAACAAAAAUACAACAAUCUACAAAAUGUCCGGCAUUGCUUCGUCCCGCCUGUCUGAGGAACGCAAAGCCUGGCGCAAAGAUCAUCCCUACGGAUUCGUUGCUAAACCGGCGAAGAAUUUGGAUGGCACGGCAAAUAUCAUGAACUGGGAGUGUGCCAUUCCUGGAAAAAAAGGUACGAUUUGGGAGGGCGGAUUGUACAAGAUUCGCAUGCUGUUCAAGGACGAUUACCCGACCACCCCGCCAAAGUGCAAGUUCGAGCCGCCAUUGUUCCACCCGAACGUGUACCCGUCCGGCACGGUCUGUCUGUCGCUGCUGGACGAGCAGAAGGACUGGCGUCCGGCAAUAACGAUCAAGCAGUUACUGCUCGGCAUUCAGGAUCUGCUGAACGAGCCGAACAUUAAGGAUCCGGCACAGGCGGAGGCGUACACAAUUUACUGCCAAAAUCUGGCGGAAUAUGAAAAGCGUGUACGUGCGCAGGCCAAAGCAAUGUCGAAUAGUUAAAUGAUUUAUUGUUCAUCGUAAUGUAGAGGCGAUUGAAUUAAUGUACGGAUAGAGUUAAGCGAAUUUACAGACCCAGGAUAGCUGGCAGAUCCGUGUGUGUGUCUCUCUGACCGUUGAGUGCCUCGCGUAGCUUAAGGACAUUAAUCUUUUCUUUGUUAUCUCUUGACUAAAACCAACGUAAAUAAUUAGGGAAGUGAGAAGUAGUAAUUAGCAUGGAUUGUUGCCAUAGCAAAUUCUGACCAUAGCGACGAUGCGUUGCUUGCUUUGCGAAAAUAAGGAUAGUUUCGGUGAAAUAGCAGAGCGCGAUACUGAGUGAAUUAGAAACAGCAAGAAGGGCAGACAGCAGAAUGGAACUCAGAGAAAACUCAAGUGAAGAAAUGUAUCAGAUACGAACUACUUUUUGAGCGAUUGUGUGGACAAGGAGUGAGCUCUUUGGUUCAUCAGUACGUGGGCUGAACAUAAUAUAACAUAAUAAACACUGAAAUAUAAUCAGCCACUAUAGCUGGCUACAUA